GUGGGUAAAGAAAUUUAAAGAGGAAAAAUUGCGAAGCGAGUGGUCGUGAAGAAUUGUAAACGAAAAUAAUUUUGUUAUGUAUUAAAUAAAGAAUUAAAAUGAGAAUAACAAACCUUAGACGGGGUAGGUUAGUUCGUAUGGGAGCAGCGUGCACUGUACUUUUACUUCUCAUAUAUGCUUUGCACAAAUGGUCCAGUGAAAACAUAGAAAAUACUGACGUAGUGCUACUUGCGGAUUCGGAAACUUCUUAUUACAAAUCUCACAAAGAUGUUUACCCAGUGCUUAAAACAGAAUUGGGCAACUUUGAACCUAGAGACAAGAAGAUUAUCAAAGGGCCAGGUGAAGAGGGUAAGCCAUACCACAUGUCACAGAAGCAUGCCAAUGAUGUAGCAGAGACUGAGAGUAAAUACGGAAUGAAUAUAGCUGCAUCAAAUGAUAUUGCAAUGAACAGAUCGAUACCGGAUACGCGGCUCGAUGAAUGCAAAUACUGGCACUACCCCGAAGAUCUGGCCAAGACAUCUGUAAUCAUCGUCUUCCAUAAUGAGGGCUUCUCCGUUCUCAUGAGAACCGUCCACAGCGUUAUUAACAGAACUCCUCCGCAAUUUCUGCAUGAAGUCGUCUUGGUUGAUGAUUUCUCCGAUAAAGAUGACUUAAAAGAAAAUUUAGAUAAUUACAUAAAGAGGUGGAAUGGUAAAGUGCGUCUUGUGCGUAAUGUGCAACGCGAGGGACUGAUUCGUACCAGAUCGAGGGGGGCCCAAGAAGCGACCGGCGACGUCAUAGUCUUCCUUGACGCUCACUGCGAAGUCAAUGUCAACUGGCUCCCUCCGCUCUUAGCCCCCAUAUACAGGGACUACAGAACUAUGACCGUGCCCGUUAUAGACGGUAUAGAUUACAACACAUUCGAAUACAGACCCGUAUACCAACACGGAACGAAUUACAGAGGUAUAUUUGAAUGGGGUAUGUUGUACAAAGAGAACGAAGUGCCCGACAGAGAAGCGCAUCUUCACAAGCACAAGUCGGAGCCGUAUAAGAGUCCGACACACGCCGGAGGCCUGUUCGCCAUCAACAGACGAUACUUCUUAGAGAUAGGCGCAUACGACCCUGGUCUCUUGGUGUGGGGAGGGGAGAACUUUGAGCUGAGCUUCAAAAUAUGGCAAUGCGGUGGCAGCAUAGAAUGGGUGCCGUGCUCGCGAGUAGGUCACGUAUACAGAGCCUUCAUGCCGUAUACGUUCGGUAACUUGGCGAAGAAUCGCAAAGGCUCCCUCAUUACGAUAAACUACAAACGCGUCAUCGAGACCUGGUUCGAUGAGGAGCACAAGGAGUACUUCUACACGAGGGAGCCGAUGGCGCGCUUCUUGGACAUGGGCGACAUAAGCGAACAGGUGGCCUUAAAAGAACGCUUGAAGUGCAAAAGCUUCGGUUGGUUCAUGGAAAACGUUGCGUACGAUGUGUACGAUAAGUUCCCGAAGCUCCCUAAGAACGUUCACUGGGGUAUGGUGAAGAACAAAGCGACUGGUGCCUGCUUGGAUACAAUGGGGAAAGCCGCUCCGGCCUAUAUCGGUACGUCGUCGUGCCACGGGAUGGGCAACAGCCAGUUGUUCAGGUUGAAUGAGGCCGGCCAGCUCGGCGUCGGCGAGCGGUGCGUGGAGACCGACGGAGACAAUGUUAAACAGGCCAUAUGCAGACUCGGCACCGUUGACGGACCAUGGAGUUACAACGAGGAGCGCCAUCAGCUGGUGCACCGGCUACACGGGCACUGCCUCACGCUGCAGCCUCACUCCGGGCAGCUCGGCCUCGCGCCCUGCGACCCAAACAACACUUACCAGCAGUGGACCGUCAAACAGAAAACGCCCAACUGGUGAGGUCGACUCGUAUUGAGAACACGAGAACCGUCAUCUCAACUCCACAAAAAUUCAAAAUGAAUAUUUGAGGCCAUCAACGCAAAAGUGGCCUAACCCACAUAUUUUUUAUA